UGCGAAGCAGGCUUAUCCCAAGAAAGAACAGAUAUUUUGGAGGAUUUGCUCCCAAAGAUAUUUAAGUACUAGUGUGUAGAUAUGAUAAGAAGAAGAAGAAAAGUGUAGAGAUAGUCCAAAAUGGUUGGAGUGAAGUGCAUCUCCAUGGCUAAGGUUUACACACUUCAUGCAUCUUCAUCUCUACCCACAGACCCUUCACCUACACCUUCACCUUUAGUUCCUCCUAAGUUAAAACCUCUAUCCCUCAAAAGCCAAACAACACUUGAGAAGAAGAAGAAGAAGCAAAAUCAAAGGCAACUCUCAGUUGCAGAGAUUGAAAGAGCCAUUGGUGCUGGCAUUUUCAGAGACAGAGAUACCACCAGGGAUGCAAAGGAGAACAAGACUUUGUUUGAUUCAAUUUUGUCGAAUUCAGUUGGGGAGAAUGAAGGGGAUGUGGAGAAGAAGCUAAGACAAACUGGUGAAUGGCUUAUAGAUAAAACUGAAAACACAUCUGCUUCUGCUGAUUUUAGUUGCUGUGUUUCAAUGGAUUCUACCAAUGUGGAUUCUUGCAUUUCUAGUGGCUUCUGGGUUGGUCAACCUACCAUUUAGCACCCUACUUCUUGAUGACUUGCUUUUGUAAAAAAUUAUCAUAUCUGUUUCAACUUUUGUUUUUAUAAAUAAGUGGAGUAUAAUACAAGUACUACUUUUUUUU